CAGACCACGCCGUACGUACGUCUCUCUCUGUCGCCUCGCACGCUUCGGCGCAGCGGAGCAAAAGCGCAAAACCCUCGUAGAGAUCGCGCGGGGGGCGGAAGGAAGCGCGCGUUUCGAUCGCGCGGAGCCUCGCUCUUAGUCCUCUCCCUCUCUCUCUGAUCGAGAGGCUUCUUCGAUCCGCUUGCGAUUUUUUUGGGGGAUUUUUUUUGGAUUUUUUGGUGCAUUUUUCUUCGGUUGUUUCAUUUCAGGGGGGGACGCGAGGGAUCAGUGGAUUCGCGGGAGGUGCUGGUCGGUGGAAUCGUUUCUAUUCGCGCGUGCGUUUGCGUUCGUGCCGGGUGUUUUUUUUUGUGGUGUUAGUUUUGAUCCGGUUGCUGCGUGGUUUUAGGUUGGAUUUUGCGGUUUGGGAGAAAGGUGGUGCUUUGCUCUGUGCACUGUUGAGGUUUCUUUGCGUUGCUGUUGCUAGUCACAAUGUCAACGUAUCCUGUGCUGGACAACCGGUCAAUUGAUCAGUGGAAGGUCACUGAAUUGAAGGAUGAGCUCCGUAGGAGGGAGCUGCCUAUCAAAGGCUUGAAGGAUGAGCUUGUGAAGAGGCUUGCUGAGGCCCUUCAGGGGGAGGUUAUUGAUGGAGGGAAUGAAACAGUCAGUGGAACCCCCCCUGUGGAGGAGCAAAAAGAAGACAAGACUCUUGUUUCAACUGAUGCAUCCAAUUACCAGGCUUCAACAGAACGAAAUGUUGAUGAAGGUCCUUCUGGUGUUGCUGAACAGAAUGAAGACCUUGUCCCUGUUACAGAAGUAAGUAAUGAUAGUGCAAUUGCUCCUACAGAUGAUAAUCAGGAAGGAGUUGUUGCUACUGCAGAAGUUAGUGCGGGGACUCUGGUUGCUGUUACAGAGGUCAGUGAGGCUCCUGUUAUUGAUGUGGCAGAAACUGAUGAAAUUUCUCUAGAUGAUGCACAAGCAACUAAAGGAGAUGAUCUAGAAUCAGUUCCAAGUGACAGUAAUGUGAUGAAAGAAGCAUAUUCACAUGCUGAUGUUAAUUGUGAGGUUAUUGCAGAGAAGGCUCCAGACAAUGGCAACAGCAAGAAAAUGACUGUCAAUGACAUACCAUCUGAUGAUACAGGUACUGAUAACAAGUUGGAUGAGUCAUCUGCUAAAGGUGAACCAUGUAGCGAUAUAGGCUGUGAUAUUCCAGAGCAGGAAGUAAAACCAUCACCUCCAGAUGGUAUUUCAUCACAUGCUGAUGCUGUUGCAGAUGCACAGGAACAGAAUGCAGAGAGCCUGAUUCUUAAGAAAAAAAUCAGUGAUAAUAAUUUGAUGUAUGAGAAUGACCAAAAGGAUUCUGAGCAAACAAGCAGUAACUGCAAGCCCAUACAGUCUGGCCCAAAGGACCAGGUAUCUGAAGUCAAGCAAGAUCUAGAGUCUCAAAGUGAGUAUAUGUUAAUUUCUCACAAUACUCUAUCAGUUAGUGAAAAAAACUAUAUAGAAGGUUGCCUGAAUUCUGACAAUUCUGAUUCAGAACUAGAGUCUAAGCAGGAUAUAGUCAAGCCAUCACCCAUCAAUCCUUCCAUAAGUGAUAAUGUUCAGAUAUUAGAUGAUGACAAAGAUCUUCCUCUGAUCAAUGUGCCUUUGCAAGAUACUGAUAUGAACUUGGACAACAAAGAACGCAGUCCUGAUAAUGUUUAUCCUGAAAAACUGAAUUUGGACAGGAGUUCAGACGAUGAUUCAAUGGAUGACGCUCUGAUGGAAACUAAGCAUGGGAAUUCUAAUGCAAAAUGCGAUUAUCUCGAAGGAAACACUGAUGUAACCUUUGAGCGUGUUGUAGAAGAGGUUAUCCUUCCUGAUACUGUCACUGAGGGUUCAUACGUACCAAAAAAUGAAGUUAUAAGUGAAGAGAAGCCAUUAGUGCCAACUGAAAAGAGGAAAGCCGAAGGUCAAGAAGCUGUUGCAAAUAAUGAGCCAAUCAAACGUCAGCGCCUACAGAAUGUGGAUAAUGUCAAACUUGAGCAACCAACUUCCAAACUAAGUGACUCUGAUGCUUUAAAGCAUGUACAUCAGCCUGCUCGAAGACGUUCUUUUGGCAGGUCUGAUUCAACCGCACAUGGAGAUUCUCCGAAGGAGAGGAUAGUACCACCGCCCCAGAAACCUGCAACAACUUCCUUGAGAAUUGAUCGGUUUGUCCGCCCAUUUACUUUAAAAGCUGUUCAAGACCUUCUUGGUAAAACUGGAUCUGUCUGUAGCUUUUGGAUGGACCACAUCAAGACCCAUUGCUAUAUCACAUACUCGUCGGUGGAGGAAGCUCUGGCUACAAGGAAUGCUGUUUACAACCUCCAAUGGCCUCCAAACAAUGGCAGUUACUUAGUGGCCGAAUUUGUUGAUCCACUUGAGGUGAAGGCCAAACUUGAACCCCCUCCCCCAUCUCCAGCACCUAUCAGCCCUAGCACAGCCACAACACCAAAGGCAGCACCUUCCCAACAAUCCAAGGCCAACCAAACCAUGCCUCUCCAUGCUGCUGUUACCUCAAGGGGCCUGUUACCCACUCCUCAAGGGCAUUACAACACCAAAGGCAGCACCUUCCCAACACUUGCUAAGCCGCCUUCUACCUCCGACAAUGGACCUGUGACGAAGAUGCUUCCGCCCCCUCCAAAGAACCUGGAACCACCUGUGGUGACUCUUGAUGAUCUCUUCAGGAAGACAGAGGCCUCUCCAAGGAUCUACUACAUGCCGUUAUCGGAAGAGGCGGUGUCUGCCAAGCUUGCAGCACGCGGCAAAGGGAAGAAGGAAGUGUAGGGUGACUCAAAUUUGCUGCCCUUGCUGCCAUGUUUGUACUACCAGUUGAUCCUUGCCUUGAUAGGUACUGCUUGGUGGUGUUAUUUUGUUGGGGCUUUUGCAAGUGCUAGACCUUCAGAGCCUAGGUGGUCAUUUUGGUGUACAUACAACUAGCUGUAGUUUCGUGCAACUCCGUAACUGUUAACGAUAGCUCGCCCAUAUCGAUCUGGAUUGUAUGUUAGUUCAUUUUCUGAUCGGUGGAAACGAUGCUUAGCGUAAUUUCUAUGAACUUGGGGAAUGCAUAUGUGCUAGGUCACAGCAUUUACCCUGAACUCGACAUCGCUCAAAUCUAUGGGUUCCGUUGUGAAGCUGGCAGUGUUUUGUGAUCCUUCUGAAUUGGGUGGAUGGCUGCAUGCUGCCUCACAUAAGAAGAGAAAAACUAGUUGGCUCCGUUUGUGUUUUUAUCCUGGUAAGUGGUAAAUCGCGGGCUCUGAAUUUAUA